GCCCGCUGGGCCAUGCAGGGCGCAGAGCCGGCGAAGCGCCACUGAGACCCGGCUCUCCGCGCCCAGGGCCGGCUGAUGCCCCACGAGCUCCCCGCUCCGCUUACUGCGGCCCGGCCACAUCUGGACUUGGCGCCGCGCGGCGGGGCCGACGCCAGGCCACCAUGCUGCUCGGGGCGUCUCUAGUGGGGGUGCUGCUGUUCUCCAAGCUGGUGCUGAAACUGCCCUGGACUCAAGUGGGGUUCUCCCUGCUGUUCCUCUACCUGGGGUCUGGUGGCUGGCGCUUCAUCCGAGUCUUCUUCAAGACCAUCAGGCGCGAUGUCUUUGGCGGCAUGGUGCUCCUGAAGGUGAAGGCCAAGGUUCGUCGGUACCUGCGGGAGCAGCGAACAGUGCCCACUUUGUUUGCCUCUACGGUACGGCGCCACCCUGACAAGACAGCCCUGAUCUUCGAGGGCACAGACACCCACUGGACUUUCCGCCAGCUGGAUGACUACUCAAGCAGCGUGGCCAACUUCCUGCAGGCCCGGGGCCUGGCCUCGGGUGACGUGGCUGCCCUUUUCAUGGAGAACCGCAAUGAGUUUGUGGGCCUGUGGCUGGGCAUGGCCAAGGUGGGCGUGGAGGCAGCACUCAUCAACACAAACCUCCGGAGGGAUGCCCUGCGCCACUGCCUGACCACCUCCAGGGCCCAGGCCCUCAUCUUUGGCAGCGAGAUGGCCCCAGCUGUCUCUGAGAUCCAUGCCAGCCUGGACUCCUCACUCAGCCUCUUCUGCUCUGGCCCCUGGGAGCCCAGCAUGGUGCCAACCAGCUGGGAGCACCUGGAUCCCCUACUGGAAGAUGCCCCCAAGCACCUGCCCAGUCGCCCUGACAAGGGCUUCACAGAUAAGCUCUUCUAUAUCUACACAUCAGGCACCACUGGGCUGCCCAAAGCCGCCAUUGUGGUGCACAGCAGGUAUUACCGCAUGGCUGCCCUGGUGUACUACGGAUUCCGCAUGCAGCCUGAUGACAUUGUCUAUGACUGCCUCCCCCUCUACCACUCAGCAGGAAACAUCGUGGGGAUCGGGCAGUGCUUGCUCCAUGGCAUGACGGUGGUGAUCCGGAAGAAAUUCUCGGCCUCCCGAUUCUGGGAUGACUGUGUCAAGUACAACUGCACGAUCGUGCAGUACAUCGGCGAACUGUGCCGCUACCUCCUGAACCAGCCGCCGCGGGAGGCGGAGAACCAGCACAAGGUGCGCAUGGCCCUCGGCAACGGGCUCCGCCAGUCCAUCUGGACUGACUUUUCCGGCCGCUUUCACAUCCCCCAGGUGGCCGAGUUCUACGGGGCCACCGAGUGCAACUGCAGCCUGGGCAACUUCGACAGCCAGGUGGGAGCCUGUGGCUUCAACAGCCGCAUCCUGUCCUUUGUGUACCCCAUCCGGCUGGUACGUGUCAAUGAGGACACCAUGGAGCUAAUCCGGGGGCCCGACGGCAUCUGCCUUCCCUGCCAGCCAGGGGAGCCAGGCCAGCUGGUGGGCCGCAUUGUCCAGCAGGACCCCCUGCGGCGCUUUGACGGCUACGUCAACCAAGGCGCCAACAAUAAGAAGAUCGCCAAGGACGUCUUCAAGAAGGGCGACCAGGCCUACCUCACUGGCGACGUGCUGGUGAUGGACGAGCUGGGCUACCUGUACUUCCGAGACCGCACAGGGGACACGUUCCGCUGGAAAGGCGAGAAUGUGUCCACCACCGAGGUGGAGGGCACGCUCAGCCGCCUGCUGGACAUGGCCGAUGUGGCAGUGUAUGGCGUCGAGGUGCCAGGAACGGAGGGCCGGGCCGGAAUGGCUGCUGUGGCCAACCCCACUAGCAGCUGUGACCUGGAGCACUUUGCACAGCUCUUGGAGAAGGAGCUGCCCCCGUAUGCCCGCCCCGUCUUCCUGCGCUUCCUGCCUGAGCUGCACAAAACAGGGACCUUCAAGCUACAGAAGACAGAGCUGCGGAAGGAGGGCUUUGAUCCAGCAGUCGUGAAAGACCCACUUUUCUACCUGGACGCCCGAAAGGGCCGCUACAUUUUGCUGGACCGAGAGGCCUACACCCGCAUCCAGGCAGGCGAGGAGAAGCUGUGAUUUAGCCCUCCGAGGGCCAGCAGACGCUGGAUCCAGAGCCCCAGCUCCCACGCCAGAGGGGGCCUGGGCAACGUCAGACCAAAGCAAGCAGGGUCUGGCACCUCCACCCGGAGGUGCUGAUCACUUCCUCAAAACUGCCAAGUGACUCACUGCCGCCUCCCCGCCCCACCGGAGGCUUUCUGUGAAAGCCUCAUGUCCACAUUACGUCUUUGAGGCUAGGCAGGGCCUUUAGUCCCGGUUAAGACAGACUGGGCCCCUCAGGAUGAUCUUGCAUCAGGAGAAGGAGGGUUGACAAGCACCCCCCUGGAGAGCAGGGCGCUUGUAAAUGGGACCAGGGCAGAAGCCCCCAGACUCAGGAAACCAGGAGAGUGGGUAGGGACAGCAGGGGCUGUCCUUCAAGGGGUUGAAGAGGAUCCUGGCCACAGAGCUGAGCGUCACUCGGCCCUGCCCGCGCCUCCAGAAGGGUGGGAAGACCUGACCUGCAGCAGGCGGCCGCACUGAGAACCUCACUGCUCACCUGUCCUUGCCCGGGUGGCUGCCUGGCUGUCCUCAGGCGAUACCCUUCUGCCUUCGUAGGUCUGUCCACGUCACCUUCUCCACCUUCGUCCUGGCCUGGCUGUGACAGGAGGACGGGUAGGGAGCACGUACAUACUCCAGGGCCAAUAAACUGCCUUGAUAACC